AUGGCGUGGAACUCAUCAAAAGACACCGUGCCGACCGCAGACCCCUGGGCCGAAUGUAACGACACUGAAGCCUGGGAGUGGGUCUUCUCCAUUCAGCCAGCGUACAUGGGGGUCAUCUGCGUCCUGGGCAUGCUCGCCAACUCCUUCGUCCUCUGUGUCUUCUGCUUCCAGAGGGAGCGCUGUACCGUGGCCGACGUCUACCUUGGCAAUCUUGCACUGGCCGAUCUGGUCCUGGUCUCCUGCCUGCCAUUCUGGGUCGUGACCAUCACCCAAGAGUUCCACUGGUCGUUUGGGGAGGUGUUGUGCAAGUUGGUAGGCUUGGCCAUCGGCAUGAAUUACUACUGCAGCAUCCUGUUUGUCACGAUGGUCAGCAUAGACCGCUACCUUGCCCUGGUGACGCCCAUGUCGCUGGGCAGGCUGAGGGACGUGUCCUGGGCCCGAGUGCUGUGCCUGGCCAUCUGGGUGGCAGGGGGUCUGCUGAGCCUGCCAGCCCUGCUGUUCCGCACUGUCAAGACCUUUCCGGAGGAAGGGGUAGAUGCCUGCUAUGUAGACUACCCUCACGAAGGCUGGAGGAUCCGCUACAAUGUGACUGUCAACAUCUUGGGCUUCCUGAUCCCGCUCGCUGUGCUGUCUUAUUGCAGCUACUACAUCGUAACUACCCUCAAGAAGAAUCAAAUGAGAAAGUACUCUUCAAUGAAGGCAGAAAAGAAAGCCACUCGCCUGUUACUUCUUGUCCUUAUAGUCUUUGUCCUUUGUUGGCUACCCUACCAGAUAGUGAUGCUCCUGGACACACUCUAUUACUACCAUAUUGUUUCAGGUUGUCUCUGGGCUAACAGUCUUGAUAUCAGCAUUCAGUUGGCUACAUAUCUCGGUUAUGGCAACAGCUCACUCAACGCAUUCUUGUAUGCUAUUGUUGGGAAGCAUUUUAGACAAAAGGCCACAAGGAUAUUUAAACAUGGUCUCAACAAAAAAGACAGGAAUGAGACCUUGAAAGCUAUUAAAUUUACAUCAAUCUCAAAAAAUAUUGAGUCCACCAAUCUGGAUGAUUCCAAAAUAUCUUCAAGUACUUUCAAAUCAUCCAAUUAA